AUGGGCUGGCUUUGGAGAUCAUCCCCCUCAAAGGAGGAACCUCAAGCGACCUCCUCUAUGCCUUCUUUGUCCGACAAUGCGGCGCCGCAGCCAUCACCGGCAGCAGAGACACCAGACACCACGCCGCCAUCGUCGCAGUCUCGGCCGUUGAGUCUCGAGGAACAAGCGGAUGCAGAGUUCAACCAGUUACUGGAGAGCUUAAAAGCCGACGUAUCACGAACAAAAUCACCACAGCAGUCGUCCAAUGUCUCAGAAUCUCCCCUAUCCCCAUCGUCAACAUCACCCUCCGGCCCUCCGCAAACUCCAGCUUCGAUCGCCCCCGAGUCUCUCUACCCCGAUACCAUGUCCUGCCGCUCUGCUUUUGACUAUGCGUUUUUCUGCCAGUCGUUUGGAGGCCAGUUUGUGAACGUAUACCGCUACGGCGAGCUGCGGUCGUGCAGCGAACACUGGGAUAAUUUCUGGCUGUGCAUGAAGGCCCGCGGAAUGGCGGACGAGGAGCGCAAGAAAGUGAUUCGGGACCACUACCGGAAAAAGGCCGUCAAGUACAAGACGGGGCCGAGCAGUGAGGAUGUCUGGGACCUUCGGAGGGAACCAGUACAGCAUGCUUUCCAGGGGGAUUUUGCCGCACUGGAGAGGGAGAUGAAGGCCGAGGAGGAAGCAAGUCGCAACGCUGGUGGGAUAUAG